GCGCCUGGCGGAUUCUUCAUUUCAGCGGCGGAGCAUCAGGUCACAUCUCCGCUCGGUUCAGCGGGGGAACAGCUCAGGUUUACACCGGAUAACGACACCAGUUCACGGAAUCUCCACACAUCCUGCAGGGUUCAUCCAAAGAAAGCCACAAUGAAGUGUCCUCGCUACGACACCACCAGAGUCUGCAACAUGGAGAAGAGUGCUGAUAAUGUGGCUGCUGUCGUGGCCAAGGUGCCACAUGUCAAGGCUUCCCCAGUGAAGGAGCCCGUCCCCAUCAAACCCCAUUUCCCACCUGCACCAGUGACCAGGGUGUUGUUCUCUCUCAACAAUGACACCAGGCCGGUCCACAACAAGGAGAACAGCAGCAGCCGGGAUCACGACAGGACCCUUGAUGAGGGCCUGGAGGACAGUGGUUACCUGUCCCAGCACAACAGCCAGAUUGAUGAGCACCACGGGGAUGAGGAGGACGAUCACAGCCAGGGGAGAAGCAGAUCCUCGCUGUCGCUCUGUGUGACGCACCAGGAGAGGACGAUAUCACCGAACAGCUCCCCCGCCAAAUGUAAAGCAGGUCACAGGGUGGUGGCAGCUUCCACUCCCGUGGAUCGUCCCAGGAGAAGAAUACUGUCGUCCACACCCUGUGAUAGUCACAGUGACCCCAACCUGCCCAUAUUGAAGUUCCAGCGGGCUGUGUGUGAAGAGCUCGCCAAGAACUACCGAAAGAAUAAGAGGUACGACUGGAGCAUCGUCACUAAGGUGGCCGAGGACCAUCUCUUGGAUCGGGUGAUCGGAGGCAAGAUGGGACGGGAGUACGUCGACAUGUUUGCAAACCUGCUGUCCAGGAACAUGAGAUGUAUCCUGAGCAACAUCCUGGCCCUGCUGGGAGACAUGGACCUCAUUAGCUGUAAGAGAGUGAGCAGGACGUGGAGGAGAAUCAUCAGUGAAGAUACCAGUACUACGAACAGGUGUCUGCAGACCGGGGAGUCGCUCAGGGAGUCAAUGAGCUCCUUGAGUCAAAAUGACUCUGGUCUGACGAGGGACGUCGGGGUGUCCAGGGUGGUGCUGUCCUGCAUUCAGACCCGGGCCUCCAGCACAGUGUCAUCAUCAUCAUCCUCGUCCUCCACAAGUAGCAGGGUCCACAGACGGACCCCCCCCUCUCACAAGGGGAACACGCCUCAUUCCGAAUGUACACGCUUCACAGAAUUCACGAAGGCGGCCAGAAACCUGAAGCAGCACGAGUCUCUGCGUUGCUGUAAGCGCUGCGGUUCACCAGCGACACACUCCAGCGAGAUCCAGCGGGCAACGUGCACACGUCUCAACUGUCUCUUUGACUUCUGCACCUGCUGCCAAGAGACGUUCCACGGCUCGACGCCCUGCCGGACGGUGGAGUCCAGGUCCCACUUCGUCACCUCCAGGGCGACCCCGGUCCUACCGGGUAGUGCUCGCAGCAAGAGGAACGUCAGGCGCCUAUGACAGGUUUAUUGAGUUUUUAUGCAUGGACAGUUUUAACUGUGGGGGGGGGGGGGGGGGUUUCUCUGCACUGCCAGUGUUUCGAGUGACUCUGGCUGAAGGACAGCCUGGGAGCCUGGAAGUGGCUUCUGUACGAGCACCAUAUAGUAUUACUCAGAGCCGUGGCUCUACACAACUGAAUCCACUGAGUGAAGCACUUGUUUACAAGACAACUGGGACAAUCAACCAGAGAAGUGUCAUCUGGCUAAAACUGUGGUCGUCUGUGAGCGACAAACAAAUCGGAUGCCAAAAAAGAAAGAAAUGGAGCUUUCAGCUUUCUAUUGUAACAUUUUAAUCAUGUUUUAAAUUGAAAUGGAUGUAAAUGUAUUGUAUCGUCACUUUUAGAUCGUUUUGUAAGAUUAUAUAUUUACUUUUAAAUAAAUGACGGGAAAUAUUUUCUGUAAAUAGAUCUUUCAUAAAAUUUUAA